UCGGGCCUGCCCCGAUGGCAGAUGAUGACCUCGUCAACACGGAGGCCCUUCAGGCUCAGAUUGACCUCUCAAUGUCAUUCAUGCACGGGCUGGUUUCUUCAUGGAUCAAACCCACUUCCAAAAAUCUUCCAAAAUCGAAGGACAACAUCCUCGAAAAUGAAUUGAGGGAAUCACUGCGAAAGCCACCUAGACUGGGCGUUGGUGCAUCUAUACCAGAUGCUAACGAAUUGAUUUCACGAGAUGCAGCUCGGCUUAAAGGUCAAUUUGUUGGGAAACGCAAACGCGACGAAGACGAAGAUCUAUGCAAAACGCCCUCUCAACAGCUAUCCGAUGAGGAUAACGAGGAGAGCAGAUCCGGUGCGAUAAAAAGGAAGACGAAAACCGAUACGUUAUGUGCAAAAAUUCCCUGGCAAGCACCACCCUCCUUCCGUGCACCCUCCAUUAUCAUCGAGCGAGAAACCCACCCCUCCGUCAACAAGGCCAAGGUAGGGGUGGACACACCAGGCCUCGCUAACACUUCUAGAAAACCUAUGGCCAAGGAUCCUAGUCCCGAUAUUGUUGUCCCUUCCCGGAGCGGAGAGGGCACGCAAAGGACUCAGGUUGAUACGCCGGCUUCUCCCAUCAAUCGUGUCUCCCGACUUAGUCCCACAACUCCGUUACUAAAUCUGGGUGGCCCUGUCGCUGAGCAAAGCUCUGAGGAUGACGAACUCCAUCCUCACUCUCCCUCGAAGAAGAAACGGAAGAGACGCAAAAAGAAAAAAUCUUUUCAAACUCAGGCAACACCUUGAUCUUUAGGUGUUCUCCCGCAAAUGUGGGAAAGAUUCUGGAGAAGUCGUUCUCAUGUAGACGUCGAAGGAACGGUAAAUUCAGCUGUUUGAUAUAACUUGCAGCUGCUGAUUCGCCGCGUUGGGUUCG